AUGGAGUCUGCAUCCCAGCGCCCGUUCGCGAACGGCUACGACGAUUUGCCGCCCAUCGACGACCUUCCUGUGAUGGAGUAUUUUGUCCUCAAGCAAGAGGUCAACCUGGAGGUAGACUUUCGUGACAAGUGCAUUCACGGAAGCACGGAUGUCUUCCUCGUAACCUUCAACGACAAGGUCGAAGAAGUGUUCCUCGACGCGGCACAAUGCGAAAUCGACACGAACCGAAUCACCAUUGCCGAGAUGCGUGAAGUCAACGGCGAAGCGAUCGAGGGACCUAAGCGACGAGCCGCUGCAGAGUACAAUGACCCGUACAAGAAGCUCUCCCAACCCGAGGGUUGGAAUUGGAGGGCAGAGCACUACGACCUGCGCCGCAUCCGCGCGCGAGGAGUUUUUCACAGCCGAAAAUCCGACGUUCCCGCUGAAAAUAGAGAAUUUGAGGGGUGUACGCCGGCAUACGGGUCUUUGAAAUUGAAGCUACGUGGCAGGGAUGACCGAGAUCGCCCGAGAUUGAUCGUUAGGAAGUCAAUGUCGAGUCUCGAUGCCCCAGACAAGUCGCAUAAGCAGUACAAAAUCACCGUCCCAUUCGUCAAUAGGAACCCUCGCGAUGGAUUGCAUUUCGUGGGAGUGGACUCUCUGGACAAUCGCUUCACACACAUGUACACUCGUCAUUCAAUACAGCCAGGCACUGCGAGUUGCAUCUUCCCCUGCAUCGACGACCACGGCUCACGAUGCGAUUGGCGCGUCUCUAUCAAGCACCCGAGAACACUCGGAGAUGCCUUGCAGCAAGCUCUAGCAACGAAGAAGGAAUCGGCCUCUCUUGAUCAGUCAUAUAAGCUCGCCGAAGAGGACAAGCUUCGGGAAAUGUCCGUGGUAUGUUCAGGAUUUCUCGUGGAAGAAACCACGGACCCAGACGACGAGUCCAAGAAAAUCAUGACCUUUGAACCUGAGAAGAAAGUAUCUGUUCAGAAACUCGGCUUUGCUGUUGGUCCAUUCGAGCACAUUGACCUAUCUUCUGAAUUUCGAACUGAAGAAGACGAAGUCAAGCUUGGUAUGAGCGCCUUGAAAGUUCAUGCAUAUUGCUUGCCUGGACGCGGCGACUGGGUAAGACAUACCUCGGCCGCGCUCACCAUGGCCGCCGAUUUUCUCACAUACACAUUUGCGCGCUAUCCGUUUUCCAACUUCAAACUCUGUUUUGUGGACGAUUUGGUCGACGAUACAGUAGCAUUACAUUCGCUGGGACUUGCAAGCAACCGCCUGCUAUAUCCAGAGGAUGUCAUUGAUACUGAAAUUGAGGUGACGAGACAGCUUGUUCUCACAUUGACGUCACAAUGGAUUGGCAUUAACAUGAUACCCAAUACUCGAAAUGACAUGUGGCUCGUAGUAGGUAUGGCCCACUACAUGACAGAUCUGUUCAUGAAACGCAUAUGUGGAAACAAUGAGUAUCGCUUCCGCAUGAAGACCAUGUCCGACAAGCUUAUUGAGCUUGAUGUUGGUCGUCCUGCCAUCUUUGACCUCGGCGCAAACCUACAUCUUGACGACGCAGAAGUCGGUCUAAUGACACUCAAAGCACCUCUGGUGUUUUUCAUCUUGGACAAGCGCAUGAAUAAGGCAUCUGGCGGCCACGGAUUGACCAGAGUACUGCAAAAGCUCUUGACGCGUGCACAGAUCGAAGGAAGCGACAAAUCGACGAUUCUGGACACUGAAAAGUUCAAAACAUUAUGCGAAAAAGGAUCACGAUAUCGCCUAGAGACAUUUUGGAAUCAAUGGGUCUACGGGUCUGGCUGCCCGAGAUUUGACGUCAAGGCCCGAUUUAACAAAAAGAGGCUUUGUGUCGAACUGACUCUGAAUCAAGUUCAACUUCACAAAGCAAAGAAACCUCAACUUGAGAAGGACGAUUUUCUGCGAGAGAUCAAAGAACGACGGGCUGAAGUGCCUCGCGGAGAAAUACAGCCUCUUUUUACCGGUCCGAUGACUGUACGGAUUCAUGAGGCUGAUGGAACGCCGUACGAGCAUAUCCUUGAAAUUCGCGAAGAUGCUACCAGAGCCACCAAAUUCGAGAUUCCUUAUAACACGAAAUACAAGCGACUCAAGCGGACGCGGCGAAUGAAGGAGAAGCACAGCACAGGACAAAGCAUGGAAAUCGCCGAGAACAAUGAUGAUGCUUUACUAUAUUGUCUGGGAGACGUGUUGCAAACUCCCGAAGAUCAACGCGAGUGGGAACUGAUUGACUGGGACCCCGAGACGGAGCGAAAAAUGGACCAAGAAUCUUAUGAAUGGAUUCGUCUCGAUGCCGAUUUUGAGUGGGCAUCUGACAUGUCGCGGACCUUGGAGCCGUACAUGUAUGUGUCGCAGCUGCAACAAGACAGAGAUGUAGUUGCGCAACAAGACGCCAUGCUGUACCUCGCGCAAGGCCCGCUUCACCCAAUUGCCUCUGGUUUCUUAGUACGAACACUCAUCGACCGCCGGUAUUUCCACGGAAUUCGCACAAUGGCAGCAGCUGCUUUGACCCGACAGUCCAACAUCAAAGACAUUCCACUUCUAGGAAUGCGCCAGCUCAUGCGGGCCUUCCGGGAAAUGUAUUGCUAUGAACAAACGAACCAGCCUCGUCCGAACGACUUCACCGACAAGAAGCAAUACAACGUUCGCUGUGCCAUCAUCAAGGCCAUCGCCGAGGUCCGCGACCACACGAAUAAGUGUCCAAUGGAGGCCCGCCGCUUCAUCCUCGACCAGCUCCGCCUGAACAACAAUGAAGGCAACCCAUACUCGGAUCAUUUCUAUAUUGCUUUCCUUGUCGAAUCGCUUGCUACCUCUCUUAUUCCGUCGAAGCAGGACGACUGGCUGACACGGCAAAACAAGAUCCCUAAUGAGGAAGAGAAUGCAUUCUUGGAAGACGCUCUGGAACAAAUCGAGCGAGUGCUCCGCCGUGACGAAUGGACCAAUUCAUACCGAAACACUUGGACAGUCGCCGGACUAGAUGCGAAGCAGCGCUUGAUGAAGGCGGAAGUGAUUCCAAAAAACUUGACAGACUUUGGACAGUACCUCUUGGACGGAACAAGAGAUUUGAUUCGUAUCAAGUGCUUCGAGGCCUUGAUUGACCUUGGUGCGAUGAUGGACCCUACUUUUUUCAGUUUUCUGAUGUACUCGUAUCAGACAGAUCGCUCCCCCUACGUGCGAUCAAAGCUGAUUGCUGCUGUUGCUCGUGGCUUCGCUGCCAUUGCCUUUGGCGAGCAUGCAAAGGUUGCUAAGGUCGAACCUUCUGCUGACGACGGCGACGGCCUACUUUUAGUGCAAGAUAGUGCUCAAGAGAUUGAAGCCAGAAAGGAAAUGUUUGCUCGCAAGGAGAAUCUGGAUUCUGCUCUGAAAGCUCUGAAGAAGGAAAUGGAGGAGACAUAUGUGGCUGAUGAGAGACACUACAGCAACGCCAUGCGCAAGGCCCUCGACCACCAAGAGCUGGGCCGUAUGGAGGUGGAGAGUCUCUUGGACCUUGCCUCGAUGAUGUUUGAGGAGGCGCAGAGCUGGCUCUUGACUCUCAGUCUGCCCAAGCGCUGGAAGACAGAGCGACCUGCACAGCAACUCGCGAAUCGCCUCAUCGUCAACUUCAAGUCCUACUACAAGAUCAAGCCAAAGGUCCCGCUCUCAGACCCGGCGCCAGCACCAGCAGCAGCGCCAGAACCAACCCCGGCGCCGGCACCGGCACCAUCAUCCUCAUUGUAUGGCGGUGAUGUCAAAAAGCCACCUCUCAUUGGAAGGACGUCGUCCAUCAAAAUCAGCACCAAGCCGUCUCUUUCUUCCAUCCAUCGACAAUCGCCCAAACCAUCUUUUUCUUCCACUCAUCGACCUUCACCCAAACCUCCGGUCGUGCUGGAUAGCAUUGUUGCUCACAGCAAGCCGGCAACAAAUGGGUCGUCGACAUCCACCCCGCUCCCGGUAAUUAAGCGGCCCCGGCCAGAGAAGGAGGAGUAUGCGUCGCCCGCACCCAAGCGCCCCAAGACGGAGACGCCUUCGGACGUCAAGGGCCAGUGGAAGAAGAGGCGUAUGGUGACCCUCAAGACGUCAAACCCCAGCCGACUUGCCGUCAUUCUCGGGAAAUCCAUGUCUUCUACCCCCACGCCGGCCAGAACGGCCCUCCCGGGAAGUCUGCGCCGCGAAUCCUCCAACGAGGAUACUCCUCUCAAGAAUCGCAAGCCGCUGCCUUCGGGCGGCGUCAUCCGACGACCACUGCCGACGGGCAGCGCCGCAUCCUCGCCGCACCAGACACCCGCGUCAAAGCCCAAGAUUAGCGUCAGCACGUCGUCGGCGCCCGCUCCUCCGAAGGCCACCUCUACACCGAGCGGCGCACUGGGAGGUGUCGGAAGCCCGGCACCGGAGACGCCACUGAGCGCGUCGUCGCGACCUAAGAUUAAACUUGUUCGCAAGCCGCAGCCGCAGCCGCAGCGCCCGCCAUCGGCAUAG